AUGUUUGCGUUACAUCGGGUGAUACUUAUUCUGGUUUUCUUAUGCAUCAGUUUGGAUCCUUUGGAUUUCAGUAAAAUUACUGAACAAAUUUACAAUUAUGUACCUUUGUCAUAUGCAUCAUUUUGUACUCGAAAACUUAACCUUACAGGACAGGUUGGUUGUUCCAGUGAUAUCAACGGAAAUUCGGGUGUUGCUUUGUUUAUGAAUGAGUCACAAGACAUUAUUCAGACACUUAGUUCAGAUAUUUCAACUUCAUUUGUGGUGGUUGUAAAUGUUGGGCAGUUUGUUAACACUUCACUUAUGCGAUAUUUCCGUUCAACAACAAAUAUUAAAGGUCUUAUUGUGUUUUCUAACGAGGAAGAAAAUUACGACAGCUAUGCAUUUUCCGAAUCAUCCAAGUGCCCGAACAGUGAUUACAGCGCUUAUAACUUUACUGAUCAAUGUGAUUUGGAUGCACAAUGGAACCCAGCUGGGACAGAAUAUUCAUAUAUCAGUUGGCCGUUUCCGGUUGUUUUGGUUGCUGAUGUGAACAACACCAUUUGGACUUCCAUGUACGAAUGUUUUUUAAUGUUGAACCGAGAACCUGCUGAUGAUACGCGGUGCUUGAUUGAAAUAAAUAACCCUAUGUCAGCUGUUGGGUCGUCUGAGACUUGCUUUCGUCGUCAGUACCUCAUGUCGCUGCAUAUUUCUGAAAGUUCGGAGAUUUUCUGUGAUGAAUUGACAGGGCUAAACAUUGUUUUAUCAGUAACUGAUUCGAAAAAUCACUCAAGGGGUAAUAACAUUAGCAAUUAUGCUCGGUCUGAGAAUUCUUCAGUGUUUGUUCUUACUCGGAUGGAUUCUCGAAGUAUUUUCGAACGCAGUGGGUUUUCAAGCCAAGGUGUCCUUCCUAGUAUAGCUGUUUUGAUUUCUGUUGCCGUACAUUUAAUGGGACAGAAAACCUUGAAAGUCAGUUUAUAAUGUUGUUUCAAUGAAAGUAUGGCAUUUUUGACUUCUUUAUUUAUGUUGGUAUUUUGUUGCUGAUUCUUUUUAUUUAGGUUCACCGUGUUUCGAAUUGGGUUUUCCACUUAAGACCACGUAAAAAGUAAUUAGUUUUAGCUUAAUACAGUACUGCGAAGUAAUGGGGUAGUAGUUAAACUAUUUGAAUUUCGGAUCAAUCGAUAAGGUUGUGAAUCUUCAUCGACUGA